GUCAUCGAUAAGCGCCUUUGAGCAAAGGGGCGUAUCUACUGCGACCUAUUUUCAAUUUGAGCGCUCGGGCAGCGCUGUAAUACAUUAAAAGAUUUUUGCAACGUCUGGAAGUUAUAGCUUUAGCAUGGAUUCUCCCCCUAACCCCUCAAAAUCAAGAUCCCUUAGAGGGCCGUCCUGUUCCCCUAAAUCACCGGACUCCAAGUCCAAAAAGAAGAGCAGCAAACCCAGCAGCAAGAAGACCAGCCUCCAGGAGGCCAAGAAGAAAGGAAGGAUGGAGCAGAGCAGAGGAGAAGAGGAGAUGGCGAAUCAGCUCAAAAACCUGGACCUGAACAGCAAGCUGAAAGCCACAGGCACCGGUCUCGCUUACAGCGACGUCUUUGCCCGCCCCUGCUGCCUUUGGGACAGCGGCCACCCUGAGUGUCCUGAGAGGGUGACGGCUAUAAUGGAGAAGCUGGGGAGACAGGGGCUGCUGUCUCGCUGUAUCCAAGUGGAGGCAAGGCCUGCGACAGACCAGGACCUUCUACUUAUCCACACAAAGCAGUAUGUUGAGCUGAUGAAAUCCACCCAGAAGAUGUCUGAGAGCGAGCUCAUGUCUCUCUCCAAAACCUAUGACUCUGUCUACCUGCAUCCUGAAUCCUUCCACUCUGCCACAGUGGCAGUGGGCGCUGUCCUGCAGCUCACUGACAAAGUGCUGAACUCGGAACUGAGAAACGGCUUUGCUGUCACCAGACCACCUGGUCACCAUGCACAGACAGACAAGAUGAACGGUUACUGCAUGUUCAACAGCCUGGCCAUUGCGGCUCGAUAUGCACAGACUCAGCACGGCCUGGAGCGGGUUCUGAUUGUGGACUGGGAUGUGCACCACGGCCAGGGAAUCCAGUACAGCUUUCAGGAGGACCCCAGUGUGCUGUACUUCUCAAUGCACAGAUAUGAGGGAGGUGCCUUCUGGCCCCACCUACCCGAAUCUGAUAGUGGGGCGCUGGGCUCUGGGGCCGGUGAGGGCUAUACCAUCAACCUACCAUGGAACAAGACCGGUGUAAAGGAUGCAGACUAUAUCGCUGCCUUCCAGCAACUGCUCCUGCCUGUGGCGUAUGAGUUUCGGCCUCAGCUGGUCCUCGUGGCGGCUGGCUUCGACUGUGUGGCAGGGGAUCCUAAGGGAGAGAUGUCUGCUAGCCCACAAUGCUUUGCCAUAUUAACGCACCUGUUGCAGGGUCUUGCCCAGGGCAGACUCAUCCUGGCACUGGAGGGUGGGUAUAACCCUCAGGCCACCGCAGACGGGGUGUGUGCCUGCGUCAGUUCGCUGCUUGGAGAGUCCUGCCCCCGCCUGGUGCCACCGAGAGCCCCCAGUGAUAGUGCCCUCAAGUCCAUCUCGCAGACCAUCUCUUCACUGUAUCCCUUCUGGACCAGCCUGCAGAUACUGGAAGGUGGCCCGAUGUGUGAGGAGAUGAGCCCCAUUGAGCUGGGUUUGGUGGAGCCCUCUGGUGAGGGCCUUGUGGAGAACCCUGCACAGAUCACAGGGCUGGUGUAUGACCAGAGGAUGAUGGAGCACCACAACAUGUGGGACAGCCAUCACCCGGAGCUACCGCAGAGGAUCUCCCGCAUAUUCUCCCGACACAAGGAACUGGGCCUUGUUUCCCGUUGCCUACGGAUCCCGGCGCGCCUUGCCACGGAGGAGGAGCUGGCCACGUGUCAUAGCCUGGAGCAUAUAGCUAAGAUCAAGUCAACAGAGGGGAUGAAGCCCAGAGACUUGCAUAGGCUGGGGGAUGAGUACAACUCAAUCUACAUCAGCAAUGAGAGCUACAGAUGUGCCCUGCUGGCAGCUGGAGCUUGUUUCAACUCAGCCGAGGCUGUGCUCACUGGAAAGGUGAGGAACGCAGCGGCCAUCGUGCGCCCCCCCGGCCACCACGCCGAGAGAGAUGCAGCCUGCGGCUUCUGCUUCUUCAACACGGCGGCUCUGACUGCGCGCUACGCCCAGGCCUUCGCUAAGAAGCCCCUCAGGGUCCUCAUCCUGGACUGGGACCUGCACCAUGGCAACGGCACCCAGCACAUCUUUGAGGACGACGAUAGUGUGCUGUACAUUUCGCUGCACCGCUACGACAACGGCCUCUUCUUCCCCUCCUCUGAUGAUGCCGACUUCGACAAGGUCGGCAGAGGAAACGGCCGCGGCUUCAACGUCAACAUUCCCUGGAGCGGCGGGAAGAUGGGCGACUCGGAGUACCUGGCGGCCUUCCACGCGGUGGUGAUGCCCAUCGCCAGACAAUUUGACCCAGAACUGGUGCUGUUGUCUGCGGGUUUCGAUGCGGCCCGUGGUGACCCCCUGGGCGGAUACCAUGUGACUCCCGAGGGAUACGCCCACCUUACGCACCUGCUUAUGAGUCUGGCUGCUGGUAGAAUUAUACUCAUACUAGAGGGGGGCUACAACCUGACUUCCAUUUCCGAGUCUAUGUCAAUGUGCACCAGCACGCUGCUGGGGGACAGCCUCCCCCUGCUGCCUCCGCUGGCACCCCCACAUCCCAAUGCCGCCGUCACAAUCAACCGUGUUCUGCGCUCUCACGCCCUCUACUGGAGUUCUUUGAGAAUACAAAUUCCAGAGUCUCUGCGCUUGUCUGCACCUUCGGCCAAAGCAAAGGGCAAACGAGUCUCAGGUGGCAGAGACAAGAGGCCUCAGCGACAGGAGACCCCAGCCAAAGGUUCUGAACAGGGUGCUCCUCCUGUGAGUCCGGCAGCAGCUGAAGCAAUGGAACCAGUGCAACCCAGCGCUGCCCAUCAGGAGGAAGGUCUUCAGGACAUCACAGUCGGCCUUGUGUCUUUGAACUUAGACAACAGCACCUCCAGCCCAGCCUCUAUGCCUAUAGGGGGAGCCAGGCGGAAGGUGAGGCCUGGUUCCCAGGAAAACCCAGUUAAAGGGCCACCAUCCGCCCAGGUGACCCCAGAAAAGAAAGAAGCCAUGGAAACCGUCAGUUCUACCCCUCCGAAGGACAAGGUGAUUAUGCCACUGGUCGAUGAACCAGCCAUGGUUACUGUUGCCAAGGGAAACCAAGAGCCUGGCGAAUCGGACGAGGCGUCUGGUUGGUCGAAGUUGCCGAAGGAUCAGGCAGUCUUUGAGCUCUUCACUGGAGGCCUGGAGACAGAUGAGGGUACGAUGUAUGUGGUGGACCCCUUGCCAUGGUGCCCUCACCUAGAGAUGGUCAGGCCGGUGCCCAGUGGGGGGAUCGAUGUGUUCCUGCCUUGUGAAGACUGUGGUUCGGAUGCAGAAAACUGGGUCUGCCUCAGCUGCUACAAGGUGCUCUGUGGCCGGUAUGUCAAUCAGCAUAUGGUGACCCACGGCCUGGUGUCAGAACACCCUGUGGUCCUCAGCUUUGCAGACCUGUCUGUAUGGUGCUACAGCUGCGAGGCUUAUGUUCACAACAAGGUGCUGUACGAGGCAAAAAACGCCGCCCAUCAUGUCAAGUUUGGAGAGGGCAUUCCUUAUACGGGAGAGAGUCACUGAGAUUACAGAGAAGAGCUUGUGGAGAGGCGGACAGCGGGGGGGCGGCAGGGGUCGAUGUGCUCACAGAGGGGCAGCCUGGUUUGGCAGGGAGACGGGCAAAGGGAACCCUUCCAGCAAAGAGCCACAUCUGCCAUUUUCGGAUCUCACUUGGGCUACCUCUCCACUGGCACACACACACACACACACACACACCAUAUCAUCAUGGGGUUUCUGCCAUCAUUUCGGUGCUAAAAUCUGAAGUUUGCUGCCAAAGUUGAGGAGCAUUAUCAACACCCUCAGCUGUGAAGUCACUGUUGCACAAAGGCACAAUGACUAUAACUGCUCACAUCCAGUUAUUGCUUGAACUGCAAUCGCAUUCUGUCCGUUCUUUAGUCUUUAGAGUAAACUGGUGAAUGCUCUGGCCUUGGGGCCCAAACCAGCAACAGAAAAUCAUUUCUUAUAAUCUCAUAACUGUCACCUUGAUGGCUCUCACCGACUGCUGGAUACCUUUUUUUAACAUAUUUUGCAGAGCUCAGCUGAAUCUUCUUAAAUGUAUUUAUGUUCGUUCUUACAAGCUUAUCCUGUUUGGUGCAUAUGUUUCAUUUCUGAGGAGAGUGUGACAUCUUGAUGCAAAAAUAUGGUGCAAUAAUACCUUUUCUACACGUUUUCUUAAAGCAAUUUAUAACUGUGUCUUUAAUAUCACCUUUCAGUAUUUCUAAUGCACACUGUUGUAGUAUUAAGUACUAUCUUGUGUUGUACUAUUCAUUACUACCUUGUAUUUUGUAAUGUAAUGUUUGUAAUGUUUUGCCAUUCAUGCGUUUUCAUGAUUUUCAAUCUCGGUUUGAUUUUUAUUGCACAAAUACAGCUGGUCACAUCUCCUA